UGGGAAAGGAGUUGGCCGGGCCCGUCGCUCUGUCAGUGGCGGCCGCUCUCUCGCUCGGGAGCGCGGGCUGCGGCGGCGGCGGCGGCGGCGGGACUGGCAGGGGUGGACGCCAAGCGCCGGGCUCUGCCUGCUUCUGGAAGCCGUGAAUUCUUUUGGACAAUUGAUGAUAUUUAUCACUGUUCCCAGUUUCUGCAAAUAGAAGAUGGGUGGAUUAUUUUCUCGAUGGAGGACAAAACCUUCAACUGUAGAAGUUCUGGAAAAUAUAGACAAGGAAAUUCAAGCCUUGGAAGAAUUUAGGGAAAAAAAUCAGAGACUACAAAAGUUAUGGGUUGGAAGAUUAAUUCUCUACUCUUCAAUUCUCUACCUGUUUACAUGUUUAAUUGUAUACUUAUGGUAUCUUCCUGAUGAAUUAACAGCAAGAUUUGCUAUGACACUCCCAUUUUUUGCUUUCCCAUUGAUCAUCUGGAGCAUAAGAACAGUGCUCAUUUUCUUCUUUUCAAAAAGAACAGAAAGAAAUAAUGAAGCAUUGGAUGAUUUAAAAUCCCAGAAGAAAAAAAUACUUGAAGAGGUCAUGGAAAAGGAAACUUAUAAGACAGCUAAAUUAAUUCUUGAAAGGUUUGAUCCAGACUCAAAGAAAACAAAGGAGUUUGAGCCCCCAUCUGCUGGAGCAGCUGUAACUGCAAGACCUGGACAAGAGAUUCGUCAACGAACUGUCGCUCAUAGAAAUCUUUCUCCAACACCAGUAAGCUCUGGCCAGGGUCCUUCUCCACAAGGUCCAGUAUCACCUGGACCACCAAAAGACUCAUCAGCCCCUGGUGGACCUCCAGAAAGAACUGUUACUCCAGCACUGUCGUCAAAUGUGUUACCAAGACGUCUGGGAUCCCCUGCUACUUCAAUGCCUGGAAUGGGUCAUCAUCCUCCGGGGCCACCUUUAGCAAGACCCAUUCUUCCCCGAGAACGAGGCGCUCUGGAUAGAAUUGUUGAAUAUUUAGUCGGUGAUGGUCCACAGAACAGGUAUGCUCUUAUAUGCCAGCAGUGUUUUUCUCAUAAUGGCAUGGCUUUAAAAGAAGAAUUUGAAUACAUUGCUUUCCGAUGUGCCUACUGUUUUUUCUUGAAUCCUGCAAGAAAAACUAGACCUCAGGCUCCAAGACUUCCAGAGUUUAGUUUUGAGAAGAGGCAAUCAGUUGAAGGUUCAAGUUCACUUGGUCCCUUGCACUCAGAAGAUAUGGUUUCAUCAGAGAACCAAUUUGGUGAAGAAUCUUUAGAAGAACCAGAUGUUCUCAGUAACAGUACCGAUGAGACAGAUGAAAAAAUAUCAGAUUCAGAGCACACAGACCAAGUGAUUGACAAAGCAUCUGACACAGAUGAACCAGAGGAGAAACAAGAAGAGACCAAGAAUGAGGAAACCACAGUCGAUGAAGCCAAAUCAGCAAUUCCCACAACUGAUUCUAAUCCUAAUUCUGAACUAAGCGGAGAAUCUUUGAUGACAAUGUAGUAAAUGCUUCCACGUGCCUUCAACUGGAUAUUUAUAGUUUUGUGGUGUCUGUUACUUCUUUUUAGGUGGUGCUUUCUUGUUUUUCCCCUUCUAAAGAACUGCUUAAUGUCAUUUGAAUGUAGGUGACCUAAUUUCAACAUGUCAAUGUUAAAAAAUUUGAGACAAAUGAUAGCUGUAAAGUCCUCUUGAAUGUAUGAGACCCACACUCUAGACAACUUUUAGAUUUUUUUUUUCAUUCUAAAAAGUAAGCCUGAUGCAUUCUUGUUUUCUACAUGUGAAUUGUAAAUAAUAUUCAUUUUGACGUAGGAGGAAUGUCAGUUAGGAACAAGUUCUAAUGGGUUUGUUUUGAGGAGUGGAAUUUAAUAAUUUUAAUAACUCAUCAUUAAAAAUGGAUAGAUUUAAACUCUACAAAUAUUUGCCAGUUGUUGACUGGCUGGAGGGAGGGGGGCUGUCUAUUUAAGCAUUUACAUUAAGUGGUAUGAAAGUUACAACUGUAACUACAUAGGCAUUGGUACGAAUUCUCGGUAAGAAUGCAAUUAAACAGUCAAGUGCAGUGUUUCUUUUUGAUGUUGUUUAUUUUGCAGCUGGGCCAAAGGCACAUGAUGUAUAUAAUUAGCUUAUGUUUACAUAUUAACAUAUAGGAAACAUCUCUGCACUUGACUGUACUUGAAUUCUUAGUAUUAUUUAUAUUUGUAAAAUAAUGAUAAAUAUAUAAUAAGUGAAUUUUGUGCUCUGUAUUUUUUUGUUAAGGAAAAUAAAACUGAUAUGGCAGCAGUUUUUUUUUUGUUAAUUAUCUGGACUUUGCAAACAGUAUUUUGAUGUGACUUGGCUAUCUGAGUAUUUUAGUAGGAGGAGCUCACAGUACAGUGUAUCUGUAGAUUCUGCUGAGAGCCGAAUUAUCAGAAUCUCAGAGGGGUAUGCUGAGAACAUAUUAUGAUGCUCCUCUUCAGACAUAUUACCUUUCAAAUUCAGGAAAAUAGUUACUUUGGGGGAUUCUGGUCAGAGAUUGAGUUUUCUGAUUCAGGAGCAUAUUAGACCAUUUGUAAUUUUUAAUUUUAAGGGACAAAUAAGUUUUGUGAGAAUAGGGAAUUUAAUACUGAUAUUUCCUUGGAUUAAAUGUGUAUAAAGGAUUACUGGAAAAUAUUAAGAUUGAUAAUGGCAAUUCUUAGGUCUAAAUUUUCUUACUUUUCAUUUCUCUUUAAAAAUUUGAAAUCAAGUUAUGCCAAAGGGAAGGAUGCAUAGGAAUGGUGUGUGUGGCAAAUAUUUCUAAGCUGUAAACAGUUUAUUAAAAAAUGAAUAAAGUAUUUGUUAUUUAAAAGUU